CAUUUUGUCUCCGAGAAGCAAGAUGGUGGCAGUACAAAAGGAUUACUGGUACUUCUUGGUACUCAUGAUGCAGCUCUGUUUUCUCAAAGGCUCUGUUCAGAUGAAAGCCCCAGAAUCAAAAGUCAUACUGAAGGAUGGAAUGAUAUUGGACUGCCUGUGUCCGUGGACUGGCCAGCUCAUUAUGGUCUCGUGGACUAAAAAGUCUCUUUCAAAACCUGUAGCUGUUUAUCAUCCUCAGUAUGGUACCAACUUUGAGCCAUCAUAUGGCGGCAGAGUGGAGUUUCUGAAAACCACAGAGAUGGACGGCAGUAUUUCCAUAAUGAACAUCACUGAGGGUGACACCGGCCAGUAUCAUUGCUCUCUGCAGACUUAUCCUCACGGUUCAUGGACCAAAGACACAUUUGUCGAAAGAGCAGCAAUCACCACCACCUUCUCUAUUCAACCGGACACUAAGCUGGUGGUCACAGAGAAUGACAACCUGACCAUUAGAUGUGACCAUGUCCAUAACGGUGAGGUUUACCAAGUAAGCAUUGAGAAACUGGAUACCGAGGUGGGCAGUAGUAAUAUUAUAGCAACGUGUCAGAUGCUAGAAGAGGGUGUAGAGCUGAGCGAGUUCAACAGUAGAGGACGACUGAACUGCAGUGAUGCUAUGGAGGUCAGUCUACACCUCACCAACAUCAUCAAAGAAGACGGAGGACUCUACCGCUGCAACUUCAGCACAGACACCGGUGUCCAGUCCACCACAAUCCUGCUGACCACUCUGCCUGCUCAAGAUUUUAGGGGUCUUCAUCACAUGCUGUAUGUGUAUAUUGGAGGAGGGCUGGUUGGUGUCGCUCUUCUGAUGAUUUUAUUACUGACGUGGCUGAACAGGAUGAAAAGGAAGAGAGAGGAGUACAGAAUCAGACUGCAUCCUGCUAAAAGACAGCGUAACCCAUAUGACCAUGGCUGUGUCUAUGACAGGAUGAAAAAGUGGACCAGAAGUGGGGCAAGAGAUAAAGAUAUAUAUGUUAACUUUCAGAUAGUGAGAGCUCAUGAAAAACAGAAACAAAAGAGAUGAGAUACUACCAUUCUACAGAGUUAAAACUGAAAAAACUGGAACUAGUUGAAAAACUAGCUGUAGCCGAACAGCAGAAACCAUAAAACAUAAACCAAACACCAGUGCCAAGAAAUGCUUUUGCACCUGAAUACUAAUGGAUGGAUCAGAGGGGAAAUUCCUAAUAAUGCAGAAGAUUAAUGGAGCCAUGCAUAUAAUUUGUCAUCUGAUGAACCACUACCACCAUCAUCGUCAUCUUCAUCAUUACAUUAACCUUUCAAGCCUGGCCCAGAACCCACAUUACAUGGUAUUUCAUUGCGUAAUGGUGCUGGAUGUUGGCUGCUCAUGACCACAUUGUGGAAAAUGUCUUCUCUGCUCCUCUGUGAAGUCAGUUUGAGAGGUAAUCUUCUUAAGAAGCUUUCUGGACUGUAUCAAAGCCAGAUAUAAGCCAAGCACAGUCGCUCUGAGCAGACACCGAAGCAACACUUUAGUUUGAGUGACUCUAAUUAACAAAUGAUUGGACCUCAGAGAGCUUUUGAGUGGAUGAAUCUUCUCAAAAUCACAUCCUUGUCUCGUGUCUCAGUUUGGGUCCGAAUGCUUUCUCUCCGCAGAAAUGGAAGUACCAGCCUCACGAAUGAAAACCAGGAUACGAAGGCUCCAUUGU